AUGGCGGGAAAGAACAACAACAACAACACCCUUAUCCUUGCCAUAGACUUUGGAACGACAUACUCAGGAAUUGGGUACAUACAUACGGCGGCGGGGCGUGAUCUUGUAACCCACUGGCCGCUGAGAAAUGCGACAAGCGAAAAGGCACCAACCGAAAUACUUUACGAUGACAAUAAAGACAAGAUCGAAUGGGGAUUUCAGGCCCAGGGCAAUAUUAGGGCCUUGAAAUAUUUUAAAUUGGAGCUGGAUCCAGAAGCCAGAAAAAAGCUCAAGGCACUCCGAUCCGACACUGAAUCAUCUCGACCCUUCGUCGGGAAUCACGGAGCUACGAGUGCAGUUGUUGAAGAAUAUCAAGCAAAUCGAGAUGCCAAGGAUGUUUGCACAGAUUACCUCAAGGCUAUCUACCGGGCUGCCCUAGAGCAGAUCAACAACCUAUGGGUUCCAGACACCGUCAGAAAUGCCCCUAAAAGGUUCAUUUUGACUGUCCCGGCUAUCUGGACAGAUCCAGCGAAGAAUGCCACCAAGCAGUGUGCUAGGAGAGCAUUUGGCCAAGACGCCGAUAUUGAACUAAUUGCAGAGCCACAGGCUGCCGCAGUAUAUACCCUUAGUCAAGCGCACAUCGUACAGUCGGUUCGUCCGGGAAAUCACUAUAUCAUCUGCGACGCUGGUGGGGGAACGGUAGACCUAAUCACCUACUGCGUCAAGAAGAAAGAUCCGUUGGAAUUAGUUGAAAGCAUCCCCGGGACCGGGGAAGCGUGUGGAUCGAUUUUCCUGAACCGCGCAUUUGAAGACUUUCUAAAGGAAAGGCUGGGGAAACACUAUACUGGCCGCAGGACUGAAAUGCUAGAGAGGCGUCUGGAUGUUAUGCGCCGGCGUUUUGAGGUCGAGAUCAAACAACACUUUACUGGGCGUCCAGACGCUAGGUGGGAAUUUUGGCUUCCAUACGCGUUGGAUGGGGCCCGAAUCCAUGGCACAGAGGAAAACUGUCUGAUCAUUACCGGACGGGACGUCGCUCGAAUGUUCGAGCCUACUAUCACUAGGGUACUCAGUCUCAUCCGUGCCCAGGUCAGAACCCUCCUCAACCGGAGGGGUCCCCCUCCUGAAUUGGGAAUUGUGAUGGUUGGUGGAUUUGGCCAAAGUGAGUACCUAUACCAGCGGGUGAAGCACGAGUUUGAGGAUCUAGCGAAAGUCACGAGGCCCCCUGACGCGUGGGCAUCGGUGACCCUAGGGGCUCUAUGUUGGGGGAUGCACAAUGAGACCGUUACGGCGAGAAAGCUGCCACGGUGUUACGGUCAACAGGUCUAUGUAAAAUACAAUCCCGAUUGUGGAUACCCAAAGGUGACCCAUCCUUUCACGGGUGAGCCCUCUCAUAAGGCCAUGCAAUGGUUCGUUGAGGCGGGUACGGAGGUGUCUGUUGGCCAACCAUGGGAAUUCCCUUUGGUGGCUUUCUGUGACCCUUCGACAGAUGCAAAGUUGACAAUAACUCUCUGGGGGUGGAGCCCUUCACGCGAAGGGGAGAGCCCACCGAAGGUUUGCACUCAAGAAUGCGACGAAGUGGGGGACAUGACCAUUGAUCUAAGAGAGCCGCAGAGAAGAUGCCCAGCUCCUUGUCUCCGGUCGGAUGGAAAAGGCUACUACCAAAAGCUAGAUUUCACGAUGCAGCUGCUUUUUGGGAGUGAGAUUGUUUUCCGAGCUGUAUUUCAAGGUACCUCGCAGCACGCGCGUGUUGAUUACACGGAUUAA